CAGGCGCAUGGCACCCGCCGCCGAGGCACCGCGGUGGCUGCCGGGAUGCGCCGCAGCGAAUGGUCGCGCCGGGCGCCGCUCUGAGUGACCUUUCACCCACGCCCAGCGGUCCCGGGCGGCGGCACAAGGCGGAAGCCAUGGCGGAGGCGGGCAGGACCGGCGCGAGCCCCGGCUCUGCAGCGGUCCGGGACUCGGACCUGGACCGCGCUGGGCGGAGGCUUCGGGUUCUCUCGGCCCAUCUGCUGGGCCGGCCCCAGAAGGUUCUGAGUACCAAUGAGUGCAAAGCUCCGAGAGCCGCGUCGGCGGCCACGGCGGCGGCCACGGCCACUCCCGCCGCACAGGAGUCGGGCACCAUCCCCAAGAAGCGGCAAGAAGUUAUGAAAUGGAAUGGAUGGGGUUACAAUGAUUCCAAGUUCUUCUUCAAUAAGAAGGGUGAAGCUGAGUUGACUGGGAAAAGGUACCCUCUUAGUGGCUUGACUUUACCAACUUUUAAGGAAUGGAUCCAAAAUACACUUGGAGUAAGUCUGGAACAUAAAACUACCUCUAAAGCAUCCUUAAAUCCUAGUGAUACUCCUCCUUCAAUUGUAAAUGAAGAUUUUCUUCAUGAACUUAAAGAAACUAAUAUUUCAUAUUCACAAGAAGCAGAUGAUCGAGUAUUUAGAGCUCAUGGUCAUUGUCUUCAUGAGAUAUUUUUGCUCAGGGAAGGAAUGUUUCAGCGAAUUCCUGAUAUAGUUUUAUGGCCAACAUGUCAUGAUGAUGUAGUUAAGAUUGUGAAUCUAGCAUGCAAAUAUAACCUUUGUAUCAUACCAAUUGGUGGAGGAACAAGUGUUUCAUAUGGCCUGAUGUGUCCUGAAGAUGAGACAAGAACAAUAAUUUCUUUGGACACUUCACAAAUGAAUCGAAUUCUUUGGGUUGAUGAGAACAAUCUGACAGCUCAUGUAGAGGCUGGCAUAACAGGACAAGAUUUGGAAAGACAGCUUAAAGAAAGUGGUUAUUGUACAGGUCAUGAACCAGAUUCCCUGGAAUUCAGCACUGUGGGAGGAUGGAUAUCUACUCGGGCAUCAGGCAUGAAGAAGAAUAUCUAUGGCAAUAUUGAGGACCUGGUGGUUCAUAUGAAAAUGGUAACACCUAGAGGUGUAAUAGAAAAAAGCUGUCAAGGACCUCGUAUGUCAACAGGCCCUGAUAUCCAUCACUUCAUCAUGGGAUCUGAAGGAACUCUUGGUGUAAUAACAGAAGCUACAAUAAAAAUCAGACCAACCCCUGAAUACCAAAAGUAUGGCUCGGUAGCUUUCCCUAAUUUUGAACAAGGAGUAGCCUGUUUAAGAGAAAUUGCAAAACAGAGAUGUGCUCCUGCAUCUAUUCGCCUCAUGGACAACCAGCAGUUUCAGUUUGGUCAUGCUCUUAAACCUCAGGUUUCCUCUAUUUUUACAUCAUUUUUGGAUGGAUUAAAAAAGUUUUAUAUUACAAAGUUUAAAGGAUUUGAUCCAAAUCAGCUAAGUGUAGCCACAUUACUAUUUGAGGGGGACCGUGAGAAGGUUCUUCAACAUGAAAAACAAGUAUAUGACAUUGCUGCAAAAUUUGGUGGAUUGGCAGCUGGAGAAGAUAAUGGGCAGAGAGGAUAUUUGCUGACCUAUGUCAUUGCAUACAUUCGAGACUUGGGUUUGGAAUACUAUGUUUUGGGAGAAUCUUUUGAGACUUCUGCUCCUUGGGACAGGGUUGUAGAUCUCUGUAGAAAUGUAAAAGAAAGAAUAAGAAGGGAAUGCAAGGAGAAAGGUGUACAGUUUGCUCCUCUUUCUACAUGCAGGGUAACGCAGACUUAUGAUGCAGGUGCAUGUAUCUACUUCUAUUUUGCCUUUAACUACAGGGGAAUUAGUGACCCACUGACCGUGUUUGAACAAACUGAGGCAGCUGCUAGAGAAGAGAUCCUUGCAAAUGGAGGGAGCCUGUCACAUCACCAUGGAGUGGGCAAGUUGCGGAAGCAGUGGCUAAAGGAAAGUAUCUCCGACGUCGGUUUUGGAAUGCUGAAGUCUGUCAAGGAAUAUGUGGACCCCAGUAAUAUCUUUGGAAAUAGAAACCUUUUAUAAAUCCAUUAGUACCAUUAUGAAAAAUGUCACCUUUUUUUUUUUUAAGUCUUGAACUAUAUGGUUAUACCAGUAAUCAGAUACAUUAUGGACUAUAUUUUGGCUACAUUUGAUUGUUGAUUUAACAUAAGUUUGCUUUCAUUCUGUAGUUUUGUUUCCACAUCUAUGGAUUGACAGAUGGUGUUCUUAAAUCUCUCUCAGUGUAGGUAUAUCAGUUUACAGCCAACUGUUUAUAAUUUCAAAUUUUAGUCAAGCAUCACAAGGCUACCAGAUAUUUCAGAGGAAGAUGCUGCCUGCUGUUUUAGAUUAAUGCUUCCUCUUGAGGAACAAAGGCAGCUUUUGGUAUCAUCUAUUGCUUCUCUGGCCUUUUAAAAAAAAAAAAGAAGAAGAAGAACGUUUUUGGGAAGCAGAUAUCUAGGAAACGUGUCCACUGAGGAGUGAUACAGGUAUAUGUUUUCUAAGAACAUGUUAUACUGUGAUAGGACAUUAAGGGAGGAAAGAGUAUAGGCAACCUGUUGUUAGGAGGCCUUCAAUUCUAUAAGGUGCUUGGCCUACAGUUUUCUUUGAAAUUAGUAUACAGUUGUAAUUACCAGUAUAGGAAUUACUCUGUGAGGGGACACAUUUUUGUUCUUGAUGUUUCUCUUUCUGCUGAUAUAUGAGUUUGUAUUUGCAUCACUGAGAUCAUUCAUAGUAUGUUUUGUAAGAAAAGCUGACUUAUCCCUCACUUAUUCCUGUGAAGGUCAGGUUUACUAUGAAAUGAAUGCCUUUAUCCACCCUGAGUCCCAGUGUUUCUCCUGUCCCAUGCUUGUUGCUGAGCUGCAGAAGCUGCAACAGGAACAGAAGGAAGACUCCUGACCCUAAUGUCUCCAGCUGAAAGAGCCCUUUGGCUAAAGAAACACUCAUGAUUUAGCAUUUGGAUUUAAAAGCCUCAACAGUUUCAAUGACAAAAAUCUUUAAUUUUUUAAAUUAACCCAAAUAGCAUGGUAAAUUUUCAUGUGAAAAUAAGUUUCAAAUUAGUUCUUAAUAAUGGUUUAAUGCCUUUUUUGAAUUACUGGUUUAACCUAAAUUUUUUAAAAAAUGUAUUAAUGCAUAUACAUAAUCAGAAGUUUGAAAUAUCAUAUUUCUUACAUAAUAAAGAAAACAUUAAUCACAUUUAGCAAACAUUUUUACAUUUAACCUGGCUAUUAAAAUGAGUGAAAUUAUUACUUUAAAUCACUGUCUGUUUGGUUCAUGUUUUACAUUUUAAGAUGGAUUCUUUUCUUACUGCAAUACCUAACUUUUGAUAAUUUUUUAAAACUAAUAUUUAAUCAGAUAAUAUAUGUCAAAAUGCAGAUGAUCCUUUGAAAGGACAUUCUGUGUAGCAACAACUCCAAACUAUUUUGGGGCAGUUUACUAUCUUUUUUAUCUGAAGUAGCCUUAACCAGAAAAGUGAAAAUUUAAAUUUGACAAAAUGUAUUUUUAAGACUUCAAAAUGAUAAUUUUUAACUAUUAAAAUUGGCCUCAAACUAACAAAAUUAAAUCUGUAAACAAAUCAAAAUUAAGUACUAGUGUAACGACAAAAACUAAAACUAUGUAUUUUUAGAAGCUGCCUCUCUUUAUUGGUGAUUUAUUUUUAAUUAUAAAAUUUCCAGCAAGUCUAUGCUUAAAACCCUCGAUGAUUUGAAAUAGUUGGACACUUGAUGAGGAAAUUGCCUCUAGAAUGAUCAUAUUCUCAACUUUAUAAAAUGCAUCUAUUCAUGACGAUGAUUUCUCUAAUUGGUGAUCAAAAUGUAAAAUUUAGUAAGGUACUAAUAUCUCACGGAAAGUGUAUACAUGUUUCUGAGCAAUUUUAAAAAAUAAAACGGAUUCACAAGCAGAUCCAUUCUUUUGCAUGUGAUUGGUCUAGUAUUCUUUCCCAGGGAGUUGAGAUUUCAACAACCUCACAUAUCUAUAUUAGAUAUUAAGAAUCUAUAAAGGUAACACCUGGAAUUGUGUUCACUAUUCUACAUGAACCUUAUGGAAAUUAGUGAUUUAUGUUUUUGUGUUUCUUUUUCCAUGUAUGCAGGCAUUCCCAACCUUAAUUUUAUAAUGGUGACUAUAUUUUGUAGUUGGAAUCAUUUCUACAGGGAUCAUUUUGAAACGCAAGAACGUUCAUCAGUACUGUUUCACUCUGAUUUAGUAAAUCAGAAAGCCUUCACCCAGCUUUGACACACUCAUAUCUGGGAGGUGCCUGAGUACAGACUUAGUGUCUGGAGCACUGAGUUCAUGAAUAUGCACAGAAGCACUUAAACCAUACCUCUUGUUUUUGAAGUAUCUGAAAAUGGCUUCAUGAAAGUGAAAGCCUGGAGAACAUUGUCUAUGUGAGGCUUCUUCACUAAUUCUGGACAAGUUUAUUUAAAAUUCUGAAGACCCAUAGCCUAUUUGGUUUUCUAACUGGGUAACACUGACUUUCUUAAGUUAGUCAUGUUUGUAAUAUUUUGCUUAUAUUUUGAUGAUGUCUCACUUGGUUGGGUUUUCAAUGGUAAUGGGAACUUGCUGCUAGUGAGAAAUGGAAUUGAAGAGACGUAAUAUGAACAGGUCUCUUAUUGGCCCUUAGAGAAACUGUUGCCUUAAUGUUUGGUGCAAUUUAUAGUAGUGCAAAAGUGAAUUAGUCUUGAGCUUUUUUAUUUUGGUAAGAAUUGUGGAAGUCACGUGUUAAUUGUGCCCAGUAUUUACCACAGAAAAGAGGAUUACAUUCUUCUGCUUCUGAAUAAUUAGGAGUUUUCUUCCUAAAAGCACUUGCAUAUUGUGGGACUAUUACUGUAAAGUUAUUUGUGAAGCUGGAAGCCAUCUAGUUGGCAUAGCUGUGUUGAUUUGGAAAACAAAAAAUGCAAUAAAGGAUGAGCUGCCAUCAGUGUGCAUAAUAUACCAGAUGCAGAUGGUUGCAAGGAAACCUUUUUUUUUUUUUCCAGAAUAUUAGUAACUAAGUCCUAGCUUGCAUUUUGACAAUGCCUUUCUGUAUGUUGGCCCCAGAGAUUUUCCCUUGUCAUUUUUUCAGAACUACUUCUUAACUGCAGUCAAUCAGAGAAGCUGUGAAGUCCUAAACUGCAGUUUGUUCCCUUAAGUCUUCAAAUGGGCUGGGUUUGGUUUAGCUUCUAUUCCAUAUCAAUAUUAGAACACACUUAUUCAAUAUGGAUUGAUUCACAAAUUGCAUGUGGUGGUGCUUGAGGCAGCCAAAUGGAAUGCUGUGGAAAGCAUAUCUACAUUUUAAGGAACUGAGAUAAGAGUAAAGGACAGCUUUAGUAGCUUUUUGUUUAUCACUUAAGAUUUAGCAACUUUGAUUUUGAUUAGGGCUUAGCUCAUGGUAGGAAAAAAGCAGAAAGUGUUACAGGUGCCAGUUUAGGAUUGAAGAAUUCGCUGUUUCACCUUUGCUUUGAGUUAUGGAAGUUUGGCUUUGCCCAAGGCUUCAUGUUCCCAAAUGAGCCAUAUGUCAACAUAUUCGUUUAAUUCUUACUAAUAUCAGUUUCCUGAAAAGGAAAGGGGAAAAAAUGAACUUAUACGUUGAUGCUGAAAUCCAGAAAGUGUGAAAGGUUUACUGAAACUGUUGAAAUAUACUGACUGAUAUGAAGGAUGUAAGUUACUCAGCUUUCUGUUCCCUAAGCCAAAUAGUGUUUGUCUUCAGUGUGAAAUUUAACUGUAAAAACUGCUUGUAUAAUGUUGAGAGAUUAUAGAAACAUAUUAUUAAUAAACUGGACUUGGGUCUAAGAUUUUUUUUUCCUCAAAGGGAGUGUCAAGGUGUUAUUUGUUCUGUUUGCAUAUGGGUUUUUCUUUCAUCUUUAGUCUAUCAUCUUAAUAUUUCCACUGAUCUGAAAAUAGGAAAUUAGUUUUUGUUGUUUUAUUGAUGUAGCCUAAUCAAGUAUAACCUAUGACUAAAUCUGUUUGGAUUACUAACAGUCUGUCAUUAGCUAGGUUGUAUCAAUCUCUAAUUAUUUUAAAAAUCAAUGUUAAAUUCUUAGGAGGCAUUUAGUCUUUUGUAAUUAUAAAGAAUUCCCUUUAAAAACCUUGGAAGAAUCUCAAAGAAUGAGCUUUCUCUUGCUUUUCUAACUAUAGAAUUUAAUUCCUUAACAAAUAUCUAUCAUACUCAAGCCAAAGAGCCAUCACUGAAUUCAGUUAACUUUAGGUCUGUGAAAUGAUUUCUUUUUAGGUUCCCAAAGGAUAUUAUUUUAUAUAUUUUUCACAAAGGAAAAAUAAUACAUUAAGUAUUGCUAGUAAAAUUUUUCAGGUGUUCUGAAUUCCCAUUCUGAAAGAGAGAGAGAAAUCUGGUUUUCGUGUAGAUUUCUAAGUAACAUAUAUACAUGUUUUUAAGGCACCUUAUUGUUGGCAGUGUUUUUCAUGACCACUUUAAGCACCCCACAUGAAACAUGUUUUAACUCUUAAUUGAAUUUCAAAAAGAACAUGAUAUGCUUAUACUGGUAUAGUUUCUAUAGUUAUUUACUGAGCUACUUAAAUAGUACCCCCUUGCUCACAGUGCCUUUUUGGGAUUUCCUCUGCUCCCCUCCACCCCCAUCAUGAAAUAGCCAUUUAAAAUGAGAAGAAGAGGAUAAGUCUUUAAAGACAGAGGUUAUUUAUCAGCUCAAGGCUAUUCCUCUUUAAAAACAUGUCAGGAAUUAAGUAGUUGUGCAUUAAUCUGAUGAUCCUCUCCAUUGUUGGUUUGGCUCAUCUAACAUAUUUAAUUAAUUGUAUGGUGGAUUUGUACCCUCACAUACAGAUGAGGUACUAAUCAGUCAAUAGGAAUUUUCAUCCCUACAUUUUCAUUCCUACUGCCCCAACCUGGUAGCUCUGAAGUGUGGCUAUUCACCCAGCCUUGAGACACUCGCUCUGUGCUUUGGAUGUCUGCUCACAUGGUCCCUGGGGAGCAGAGCCUGGAAGAGGGAGUGGGGUCUAUUCCUUAUAUUGUGUGUCAGUCCUUUUGUGUGAUGGUGCCUUCCGAUUAAUAAAUAUUUUUGUUCCUGAACAGUGGUAAAUCUUAUGAGAUUUAUGUGUAGGUCACAUUAAUUUUUGUCCAUUUUUGCUAAGCCUGUGAAAUACUUUGGCUCUGAUACAACUUGAAUAAAAUCUUAUCCUGAGUCUUCCUCCAAGGCAGUGCGUAUUCCUGCCAGUACUCUAGUAAUCUUUUGGGAAUUAUGUGUGGGUAAGCACUUGUGUGUAAGCCAUUUUACUGCUGUAACUAAUGCAUACAGUUCUUCUCUUUACAUUUAUAGUCUAAAAGUGGAUAUGUAGUGGGAAGGGAAGUUCCUGAGAGAUUCCAAUAUAGCGUUGUCAAUUCAUACUGAGCCAUGUUGUUUUCCACAAGGGCUCAAAACAUAGUCUAUGUACUGUGCUUUCGGUGUAUGUUCAGAUUCUCUUUUAUUGGUUUCCCUCCAGUGUACUGUUCUAUAAGCAAAUGCCCAUGUUUUAUUUUUUUUUAAGAUGUGCUGGGAACAAAUAAAAUAAUAUCAAAACA